AUGUACACAUGUCAGUAUGGUAUUGAAAACAACGAGGGCUCAAAUGAGCCAAGUAGCUUACAAGUGUUUUACUCUAAUGUCCGCCACUUCAACUUGAUCCUGUAUACAAAUACAAAGUGCUACGUUGAAGCGAUCACUGGUUACAGUGCAUAUACCGUGGUUGAUCAUUCAUCUCGUGGGGCUCACGAGUAUUAG